UAGCUUCAUUAGCAACCAAGUUGCCAAAAUGUAAGCAAAUUCGUAUUGGCUCAAUUUGAGAUUAAUUAGUGGUCAAGGCUCAGUUAAAAUGCAGGCCUUGCCGUAUUUACAACUCAAAGAGUCUGAGAGUGCUGCCUCUUCAGAGAAGAAAAGUUACAGAUUGAGUUUACACGAAGUUUCGUCUAAGACAGCUCAGUUCAAGGACGGACAUUCGAAGAGUGGGAGAAAUGUCAAUAGACCGGAAUAUUCAAGGGAGAGCAAUGGACUGUUUGAAGGAACAAGUAGCAUUUACUUUGGUGAUGUUGCACCAUAUUGCACUCCAGUACAAUCACUAUCUCCAAGCAAAAGUUUCAGAAGACCAGCAAGGAGGCAGAAUCAAUCAUCUCUUCCAACGUGGCUGGAUCCUCUAGGAGUCUGGCUACCAAGUAAUAAGAAGACUAACUGUUAUGAGACGUUCAUAAGAAAUGCUGAGCUGUUAAGACGCACCAGUGAUAUGUUUUUGGAUCCCUGUCCACAUGUUCCAAGAUGCUCCCACGAAAGGACGCUAUCCGCUCUUCGACGACAACAACGAAGGUUAAAAAUGGAGGAGGAUUGGAGGAAGCAUGAGCGCAAUAUGCGGAUUAUCGAGAGAAUUCAAAAGAUUCGUGACAUGUGGGAUCAGUGGACAAACGAAAGCAAGUCCUUAGAAACAGAGCACGAUAAUAGACUGAACAACUUCAGGAAGAGCCGAGAUGGCUACAUCGACCCAGAUGAAAUUAUUAAAAGGAAAAGAGAAGAAAGAAUAGAACACGAAAAACUAAUACGCCUCGAGCAGGCUAAAAGGAGGGAAGAAAAAUUAUCCAAGCAACGUUUUAAACUUCCUAAAAUAGUUGUUUCUCAGUACGAGGAGCCAGAAACAUCUCCAUGCUCUCGACCACAAAGCCUUACAAAUGAGAGACAGAGUGUGUUACCAAGUUUGGUAGACAUUCCGAGUGGUCUUCAAAAUAGAAUCGAUAAAGGAAAUGAUGAAAGCGAGGUGGAGCCCCAGGUUAGCAAAGGAGAUUCUCUUGAGGUGCCCGAGUUAGAGAGCAGUAGCCAAGAACGGUAUUAUUUUGAGAAUGUACCACGGGCUGAAGAGCAAGUCGAUACGAUGUUGCCUGAACUUGAGCAGCAAGUUCCUACAAAGGUUGACUCUAUACCUACAAAGGAUGUUACAGACUCUAUACAACAAGCAAUAAAAUGCAAUGUUGAAACGGUGGAAGGAAAGAAUGCGAAAACCUUACUAGAGGAUAACAAUGGUGCGCAGUUGAAUGUAAAAAUAGAACUUGAAAGUGAUGUAGUUUCGGAAAGUGUUGAUACAAAAGUUGUUGAACAGAGUGCGUUAAAUACAGAAAAAGAAACAGCGGACACGGACAAGUCUCACGAACAGCAAAAGGAAAAUAUUAAUUCAGUCAACAUAAGUAACACAGAGGAGCUUGUAGAGACAAAACAAGCUAACGAAACAGUAGAGCUUGAUAGUAUAGCAAGUCUUGAAGCAAAGGAACAACCUCAAGAGGAGGAAAGUCAAGGUAGAGUCAACAAGAAGGAACUAAGUGAGCACGGUGAAGACACAGAACAAGCAAACGAACUGCAAAUGAACUUUCUUGCACCUCCAAGUAUACCAUUACUGGCUGGUGAGAAUGAUGGCUCUGAUAAUACUUCUAUAUCUGAUGCGGAUGAUACAGCUUCUUUGAUGGGGGCAUUUAUUCCUGUCGCACUGGGCGUUGGUAGUGGCUUAAUAACCAAUGAUGCCAUGCGAGCCUCGUCCGUAUUGGAUCGUUACCAUGUCCCCAGCCAGGCGCGGCUGAAUAAUACCAAACAGGGGAAAAACAGUGGAGCUUGGAAACCAAAAAUUAAUAACAAAAAGCAGUACUUAGAGGUGGACCUUGGAGCUUUAACGCUCGUUUCUCAGGUUGCCACUCAAGGUUAUCCCACAGCCAGCGGUGUUAAGAUACACAAGAAAGAUAAAUGUUGGGUGGAGUCGUACGUUCUCGCCUUCAGCACAGAUGGCUCAAAUUGGCAACAGUACACCGAGGAUGGCGUUGUCAAGGUUUUCAACGGGAACAGAGACAACAACACGAUUGCUAUUAAUAGCAUUAAAAAUCCAGUGGAAGCAAGAUUUGUUCGGUUUAUACCACAGUCUUGGAAAAACAGCAUUGCAAUGAGAGUAGAAGUAUACGGAGAAGUUACAGAGCCUGACUUGGCACGAACCUCUCCAUCUUCGCUACUUGAAGAAGAGCAAGACAGAGAGAGAGACUUAGUCCACGAAGUUAUUUUAGAGGAAGAGGAGCAACCAGACCUUGAGAAAUUUGUUUGUGGCGCUGAAAACAAGGAGGUGUUGGUGGAACAGGAAGUUUGGGAAGAGGAAACUGUGCAUUCAGUUGUGGAAACAGCUUCACAGAUUCAAAGCAGAGUGGCUAUCGUAUCCAAGAGUUCAUCAGUGGACCUUUCUCUGCAAGGUGAAAAGCAGUCACCUAAAACCAAACGAAAAUCCAAGAAGCCAAAACCGGAGAAACAGGAAGAAAACGAAGAAAAGAGGAAAAAGAAAAAGAAAAAAAAGAUGAAGAAGAUAGCGAAAGAAAAGAAAGUGAAAGCACUCAGUGAAUCCAGUCUUUCUCUGUUGGAAGAGGCCGAGGAGGAGGAAGAGGGAGCUUCGUCCCAAGACGAGCAAGAGGAAGAAGAAGAGGAAGAAGAACCUCACAGAAUCUCACCAAUCGUCCCUGAAAUACCCAAGAGACCAGAGAGCGUAACUCGGAUGCCACCACCUCCUAAGCGUAGCCUCAGCAUGUUUCCAGUGAGGAAAGAAAGCUCUCAAGAGCCGACUAAACCAGUCAGGCAACGUGCGCAGACAGAUGACAGCAUUCGCAACGAGCUGAUGCGUCAGCAGCUGGCGGAGGACAGGAGAAAGAAAUUACUGGCAGCCACGGGAAAAUCAAAGAGAAACAUUCAAGUGCUGAGCCCUGUGUUUGAUAAUUAUGGUGAUUCUGCUCAUUUGGAUGACUUUCUUUCAAAGUAUUGCAUCAUAAGCGAAGGACAAGCUAAUUACUACCGUCGAAUUUUCAGAUCCUUUGAUGAAGACAAGGAUGGAUUUCUGUUUCCCGAAGAUCUCCUUGAAGCCCUUGAAAGCGUUAAUUCAAACCUGCUUUCGGAUUCUCAUAUCAGUUACAUUUACCGAGUACUAGAAUUGUGUGAUUGCAGCCUGGACUCUGGAGUGGAUUUGAAGUUAUUUUCCGUGAUUGCUGCAUUUUCUCAACGCGUCGCAGUGUUAGAUGAAUUUGCAAAAAUAUUGAUUUCAAAGUUGGAUUUCAGAGAAUUGGAUUUCAAAUUGCAGAAAGCAAAGCGGCUGUUUCUGUGCUACGUUGACGAAGCAACUAAGACCAUCUCGCUUGAGGAGCUCAUGUUGGGACUUACGGCUGGUGGUCUGUCAGAUGAUCAGAAAGAACAAACCAUGAAAAUCCUCGGCAAGACGGCCUGUUUGGACUACCUGGACUUUUUAACAUACAUUCCGUUGUUCAUUCACAUUCAUGAUCAUAUUCUACAAGAUCCGCUGGGAACUGUUGUUUACAGAAGUAUGUUGACAGUUUAGAGAUCGCAUGUGGUAUUUGUCCUAUAGACGGUCAUGAUUUGACUUCCAUGGUUUUCCUCAACCAAUCAGGAAACGCCAGCCCAAAGUGAUAUUAUUGGUACAAAUCAUUCUAAAUCGCAUGAAAUGGUUUCGGACUUAAUAGCUGGCUAUAUCGCGGUCAUUCCGCCCUGGUUCGUCCAUAGAGUUGUUCACAACGAGUUCUCCACAACGAGCGCAGUAGAAGAGUACCCAUCGUCCUUCGUACUCCCUUGCUUCCCUCGUUUACUGCACUAGUUAUGAACCCAACAGGGGAACAUUCAGCUUCCAACGUCUUCAGCCGACAUCUUGUGGUCAUUUAAUUCUCGCAGAUGGAUUCGUUGCGUGACUUUCUCAGUCAACAGCAAAGAACCUAUCGCUCAGUGUAACAGUGAUACCUCGUUCCUGAAGGAGAUAACACUGUGGGAUAUCAGUUUGCUAGUUCAUUUUGGGAACAUUUUUAGUUGCUUUAUUUUAGCACUGUUUUGGGACUUUUCAUCAUAGCUACGUUGGAAAACGUUCACCACUUAGCUCUACUAAAUUUGGUUUUCCUACGAUACCCUCAACAGUUAACUUUGAAUUGAAUAGGAUGAAUGUAUUCAAAGUAAAUUGCGAAAUUUGGUAGGGUUGAUAAGAGCUGAGGUUUAAUUUAUAAUUAUUUAUAUGAAAAAUUUCUCAUUUUGGGAUUUCCCCCGGAACAAAAUCUUCCUUUGGUAAAUCAAAAAUACAUAAUUUUUCACUGUGGACAUUCUUCUACUCUCUAAAGAUAUCAAAAAGUGUAUUUAAGAACACACAAGGUGUCAAUAGGACAAAGCAAAUCAAAGAAGUGUUCUGCUUGUUGAACAUUAAAGUGCUGACUUUUGUGUG